GGAUAACCAAAAUAUUUACGACUUGAACGUUUCCAAGCAGUGAAUAAAGAGCGACGGAGGAGAAGGCUUGAAAACUUGAUUCAUUAUGGUUCUUCAACAGUGCCUCGCUUGUAAUAGUUUGAUUACAGAAACAUCAAGAUCAUGUGUGUGUGGCCACGUACUAGAAGAUGCGCAUCGCUUUAUCGGAGGCAAACGUUUUUCAGAAUAUCGAGCAGAACUUUACUCUCGUCUGGAGAGCAAAAGCAGGAAGAGAGAAGAACGUGAGAUCAAAGAGCAAGCAAAACUCCAGCUUGGAAGAAAGAAUAUCAUGGCAGGAUCAGUGUCAGAACAACCAGGAUUCAAACCUCCCGUGAAAAGAAAGCCAUUAGCAGCAAGGAAAACAAAUAAGAAAAGACGAGUGAAGAGGGGAACAUCUCGAUUGCAAACAGGGCAGUCCGCAACUAAGCGGAAUGAUGGCAAAAGCAGUGUACCACCGGAACUUUUGUCAAGGCUUCCUGCUGCUCUGCAGGAGAUUAAUCGAAGAAUACUGGGACAGAACUUUAUGUGGUUAGCGUUACAACUGGACUGAAACAAAAACUCUUUUUCCGGCUUGCAAGUACAGAAGUCUGGAAAAUUUUAUUUGAAGACCGGAAGAUGAAUGCAAGGUUUCCCUAACGGCUGAAUCUUACCAAGUGGCUUUAAUAACAGGAAGACAUCGUAAUGGAAGCAGAACGUGAAGGAAUUUUAUGGUUUUGACCUGGAAAAGGCGGAUGCGAAAAAGAAUUGCUGAUAAAUAACCUAUGGGCACAGAGCCAAAUACAAAGUCAUAUUUUAGCUAUAAAGCUUUCAGAGAAAACUGCCGGGGAGGAGGUCGAUAGCGAGCUGAUUCUCUCCGCAAACGGAAGAAUCUUCGAUUAAGUUACGCGAACAGGACCCACACAACCUUUUUGUUUUGUUGUAAAAACAUAGCAAAGAUAUUAUUAUGAACUUUUAUUUAAAUCAUUUUUAUUGAGGAAAAAAUGUAAUUUCUUUGUAAUACAAAGUUGUACAAAAAGAGAGUGAUUGAACAUCAAAAUAUCUUAAACCCAAAAUAAAAUUUCCAUACAAAAAAAUACCAGACGGGUGAAAUAAAACCAUAACCGUAGACUUCACUACAUACUUGACCGAUUCCUAAUCAUGUCACACUUCUCAUAAUUGUUGCAGUAAUUCGUAAACCAAUCUCAAUCUCUACACUCUUUGCCAUAGAUUUCUCAUAAUUUUAACUCAGAGAGUUUGGUGUUUGAACACAUUCUUUCAUCUCAUCACCUUUUUUAUUCUGAGGGGAAAAAUCACUUAUUGGUCACAAUUGGGAAUGAAAGGGUUAAUUUUUAGCGUGAAGCGGUUCAUAUAAAGCAAACAAAUAUUACGUUAAUAAUCCACUUUCUGUUUCACCUUCCUCGGCAAAAGCUCAGCAAUAUUGUUUUUUUACCAUGACUUUUUGAACAAGUUACUACUUCAAGUUUACGAAAACCUUGGUGUUCGUCUAAUGAAUAUAAAACUUCUUACUUAAA